UAUUUGUAUUCUGAUUUCUGAUCAAUCACUCGCGCACUAAACAGUGAAAAAUUUGAACGAAUGUCAUAAUUCUUAAAUUAACUUGAAAAUUAUUUUCUGGCAUUAAAAUUGUAACAGAUUUACGUUCAGAGAAGUGAAAUUUUCGUGAAAAUUAGCUGGAGCUUUUAUUAGGUCAUGGUUGUAAAACCACAGGUUGAAAUGACCGAAACUACCAAAAAAACGGACUUGGGGUUACUUGAAGAAGAUGAUGAGUUCGAAGAAUUCCCAACUGAGGAUUGGACUGCUAAAGAAGAGGAUGAACAAGACAUCAAUGUCUGGGAAGAUAAUUGGGAUGAUGACAAUGUUGAAGAUGAAUUUAGCAAUCAGUUACGGGCAGAACUAGAGAAAUGUGGUCAUCGUGUUAAUGGCAGUGGUGAACCAAUGAAAUCUUAAGCCGUAUUCUAAUUUUGUGAUCAAGUAUUGUUUUUGAAUAAAAUUAUUUUGAAGGAUGA